UGUGUAGCAAACUGCGGGCGGGGGGGGGGGAUGCAUCGUGUGUGAUGGACGCUCCUCCCGCAGAUUGGAUGAGAUCGGCGGCCUCCGUGGGAAGGUGAAGUCUGGCACCGAGGAGAUCAUCCGUGCGGGAAGGCGGCGGCGGCGGCGGCGGCAGAUGGGACUGCGGGAAUGUUGUGGCUGCCAGUGGCCCGGGGAUAUUGACCCGAUUUGGUGACUGGAUGCCGUCUCUGCGGCUUAGCCUGGGUGACAUAGAGAGGGGCUCGCUUUGAGCUUCUGGCCGUGCCCAGGGAGAAGCAGCACGCCGCAAGACAAAGGAGGCUGGCAUGGGGAGGUUCCGUAGGAAGACCUGCAUCGCCCUGUCGCUCUUCACGCUCUUCAUUUUCGGCACUCUGGUGGGCUUGAAGACUCUGAAACCGAGCGACAGGGACGGAGACCCCGGCCCCAGGCUCCACUUGCUCCCCUUGGCGGAGACGCUGGACACCAGGCGGCCCACCCCUGUCAAAGCCAUCCUGAUGCUGCCUCCCACUGUCACCAAAGCGAGCAAUACCCACCUGGAGACCUACCCCGCCGCCAACCGCGACCUCCACAUAUUUUACUACGGCUGGUACGGCAAUCCGCAGUUCGACAGCAGGUUCGUGCACUGGGACCACGCGCUGGUGCCCCACUGGGACCCGAAAGUGGCCGCGGGGUACCCGAAGGGCAGACACAGCCCGCCCGAGGAUAUCGGCUCCAGCUUCUACCCCGAGUUGGGACCUUACAGCUCCAGAGACCCCCACAUCAUCCAGGAGCACAUGAAGCAACUUCGGGCUGCCGCUGUCGGGGUAUUGGUAUUGUCCUGGUAUCCUUCGGGAUUAGAAGAUGACUACAGUGAGCCUGUGGAUGACCUGGUACCUGCCAUACUGGAUGCUGCCGAAAGAUACAGUUUAAAGGUGGCAUUUCAUAUCUUGCCGUACAUAGGACGCAACGAGCGAUCAUUGUAUGAGAACGUCAAGUACAUUGUGGACAAAUAUGGGUCCCAUUCAGCCUUUUACAAGUACAAGACGGGCACUGGCAGGCUACUACCAAUGUUUUACAUCUACGACUCCUAUCUGACACUCCCGGCUGCCUGGGCCAAUCUCCUCACCCCAGCAGGAUCUUCAAGUAUUCGCAAUACACAGUAUGAUGGCAUCUUCAUUGGGCUGUUAGUGGAUGAAAAGCACAAACAGGACAUCCUAGAAGCAGGAUUUGAUGGAUUAUACACUUACUUUGCAUCCAAUGGAUUCUCAUUUGGAUCAUCCCAUCAAAACUGGAAGACCAUCAAGAAUUUCUGUGACAGCAACAACCUGAUGUUCAUUCCAAGUGUGGGGCCUGGAUACAUAGACACUCGGGUACGCCCGUGGAAUAAUCACAAUACAAGGAACCGGGUAAGUGGAAAAUACUAUGAAACCGCCCUUCAAGCUGCUCUUACAGUGAGGCCAGAGAUCAUCUCCAUCACUUCCUUCAAUGAGUGGCAUGAGGGCACACAGAUAGAGAAGGCAGUGCCAAAGAAGACUUCACAGUAUACCUACUUGGACUACCAGCCCCAUGAGCCGAACCUGUAUUUGGAGCUGACCCAAAAGUGGGCCGAACACUUCUGCAAAGAGAAAGAACAGUGGCUGAUGUAAAGCACCUGCAACUGCACUUUGGCUUGUUUUUUUAAAAAUAAAUUUACUACAAGCUUUUUGCAAUUAACGAAGUUUACAGAAUAUGCCUUUAGCAGCCCCAUGUACCCGACAUCUAUGUUUUAGUGCUGCAAGUUUGUGUUGACAGAGACAAACAAGCACGCCCAUGGAGACCAUUUAGCAGCAUAUUAUUCAUGUCCAGACAAAGAUUCUGGAUUGAGUGAGUACUAUUUCUGAAUAUCCUGGAACCCACUCAUCUGGUCAAGUUCUCUCUUUGACCAUUCCAUCUUCCCCUCUCCUGCAAAAAAAAAUGCAAUACCUUUUCUCCCAGGUGUCCACACAACUGCUGCAAAUAUUUUCUAUUGUAAAUUAAUAGAAAUGAAUAAAUUCUGUUUUAGGUUGUCAGGUGAAAUGAGGGGCACUCCCCCAUUAGUGGUGCUGUACAGUGUUGUAGAACACAAGUAGAUGCUGAGGCAGUACAUGUCGUAUGGUAAAUGGUUACCCUACGUUUCUAUAAUCAGUAUCAAUCUGAGGUUUUAAUGAGAAUAAAAGUCCAAGGUUUGUUUGAAAUUCAAGCCAAGUAGGCAAACAAAAUGCUAUAGGACAAGGACUUUAUGUCAUUGCUUAGAAUUAAUGCAAACUGCACUGACCAAAGAAUACAACAGUUGGAACGAAGAAUGAGAUGUUUGAAUGCCAACCUUCAUUUUGAAGAGCAGUUCUUCACUCAGUGCUAACACACUUCAUUUUGCAGCAAUUAAGCAAAGCUGCUUUCAACACAUAACUAAUUUUUGUAGCCAGUUCAAAAGUGAAAUCCAGAAGUGCCACGUGGCAAGAGCUGUCAAUUUUAGACUGAGCAUCACACAUAACAUGCUAGAGGAGGCAGCCUCUGCGGAGUGGAAUUAAGGGUCAACAUAUUGGGCAGAGUCUCUUCAUCAGGACUAACUUUAUAUCGCUGUGCUUUCUGUUUGAAUUGCACUUGCAUAUAGUGUAAUCUAUAAGAAGUAAUCUCAUGAUUCACCACUCACUCUGUACGAUAGGAAGAAUGGAAAGGGCAAGAAAUAAAAAGUUUUUAAAAAACUGGCUGUUCCUGAAAAUUUUGAACUAACUUUUCAAAGAAAAGCAUCCUGAAACAAUGAAAAGCUUAAAUACUGGUUAAAGAGACAAGGAAGUAGUAAAUACAAAACAAGUUGUAGCUCACGCAGUUAAGACUGUUCUUGAACCAACCUCAGGUGCUCAGUGUUUGGAAGGUCCUAAUCUUAGCAUUGAGCAUUGUUGAAAUUACUUAAAACUAGAUAGAGAUGAGUGAGAUAGUACUUACAAGCAAAAUAUUUAGCCACAAGUAAAUAAUCACAGCCACAAUCUUGCUGUUUAUGAUCUCAGAACUAUUGUAACUGUUGUCCAGAAAAGUUGGCCAUUAGUAGGUGGUUCAUUGAGGAUUCAGAUAUGGACAAUUGCAUCUGAGUAUUGAAUAAUAAAUGAAUAAUCAACACCACUGAAGGGGAGGGUGAUCUCAUGAUGCGUACCGUGUGCUUGUAACAUGUAACUUUACAAUGCAUUUGUCAGUAAAUAGGAGGACUGUGAUUUUUAAUCAAUGUGUGUAGUUUACAUCCUUGUUUACAGGACAGUGCAAAUGUAAACAAUAUUGUGUGAGUAUGCGUCUCAUUUUCAAUGAAGUUGGUAAAUGUGGCAAUAAUAGUUGCCUAGCAAUAGCAAUGCCUCUUAGAGGACACCAAAGUGCAAAGUACAUUUAUUAUCAAAGUACGUAUACUUUAUACAACCUUGAGAUUCGUCUCCUUACAGGCAGCCGCAAAACAAAGAAACACAACAGAGCCCCUUUUUAAAAAAUAGACUAUCGAACACCCAGUGUGCAGAAAGAAAAACAAAUCGUGCAAGCAGUAAAGGUAAGCAAGUAGCAUUCAGAACUGAAGUUCACAAAAGUGAGCCAACAGACACAAGGCCAGGCAUCACUGCAGCUGAUUCAGGACCUCACUAGUUGCAGGCCACAGUCUCAGUUCAGCACAGAAAUGAGUAAACCUCAUGGAACGGCAAGCUGAACCAGCCCUUGCUUCCAGCCCCAACACCCUGAUCUUUCCAAUUUGGCCCGGCGCUUAAAUCGUCCAAGGGUUGUUCCUUGCUGUCAGACCUAGGCCCUGCCGUUCCACGUGUUCACUGUACCAGGCUGGAAACUGCAAAAGUCUUUAAGCAUAGGUUACAUUUGAAAGAUCUGAAUCCGAAAUCUGGUUCGUGAAACUUGUUAGCUUUAUUAACAGUACGAUGAAAAUACAUGAUGAAUAAAUAGAGGAAAAAAACUGAGUUAUAUUAAGUAUUUGUAUGUCUAUUAAAUAUUGUCUGUUAAAAUAAGUAGUGCAAAACAAAAAGUAGUGAGGAAGUGUUCAUGGGUUCAAUGUCCAUUUAGAAAUCAGAUGGCAGAGGGGAAGAAGCUGUUCCUGAAUCAUUGAGUGCGUGCCACCAGGCUUCUAUACCUCCUUCCCCACGCUAACAGCGUGAAGAGGGCACGUCCUGGCUGGUGGGGAACCUGAAUGAAGAAUGCAGCCUUCCUAAAGCACCGCUCUUUGAAGAUGGCUUGGAUACUACAGAGGCUAAUAACCAUGAUGGAGCUAAUUAAUUUUACAAGUUUCUUCAACUUACUUCAAUCUAAUGCAACAGAUCACCCCUCCCCCAUACCAGACGGUGAUGCGACUAGUCAGAAUGCUUUCCACAGUGCAUUUGUAGAAACUUGACUGCUUUAGUUGACAAACCAAACCUCCUUAAACUCCUAAUGAAAUAUAGCCACUGUCUUGCCUUUUUUAUAGCUGCAUCAAUAUGUUGCGACCAGGUUAGGUUAGGUCCUCAGAGAUACUGACACCCAGCAACGUGAAAUUGGUCACUCUCUCAACUUCUGAUCCCUCUAAGGAUUGGUUUGUGUUCCCUUGUCUUACACUUUCUGAAGUCCACAAUCAGUUCUUUGGCCUGAGUGCUAGGGUGUUGAUGAAACACCACUCAACUAAUGUAUUUUUUGCUCCUGUAUGCCCUUUGAAGAAGAGUGGGAAAAGAUUUGAAUAAUAUACUUAAAGAUUUCUUGCAAAAAUAUACUUUAGGAUUUAGCAAGUGAUUGUUGUACUUUUAACAAAGUAAAAUAUCUCAAGAAGCUUCAGAAAGUCAUCAGUGAAAACUUGACAUUUAGCAGAAAUGACCAAAAGCUUAUUAGAACGAUUAGGUUUUAAAUAGUGUCAUAAAGGAAAACCCUAGACUGAGAGGAAUGGGCUGAAUGGCCUUGGUAGUAGCCAAAGCAAGCUGCCAAUAGUGGAACAACAUUUAUGAUUAGAACAGUGCAGGCAUCUAAAUAUGCCACAAGGCUAGAGCAGAUUACAGAGAGGAGAGAUUGGGAGAUUUGUAAAUAAAGAUAAUCCUAAAAUGAGGCAUUAACUAGGGACAAGGUAGGACAGCAAGCACAGAAGAGUGCUUUUCAGCUUAGCAGCAGAGUUUCAGCAAACCUCAAAUUCAAGAAUGAUAAAACAAACAAGGUUGGCAGUGCCUUGGAAUAAUUAUCUUGAGAAAGGGCUAGAGAUCAAACAAGUUAUGGAAGCAUGUACUCUUAUGGAAGAUGUUGAUAUAUACUGUAGAUUUAACAUUGAGUCCAAAUAUGGAAGCUGAAAUAAAAACAGAUCUGCUGCAAGAACUCAGCCAAUUCUGAGGAAGGACUAACAGCUGAAAAUAUAUUAAUCAGUUUCACUUUUCACAGAUCCUACUUAACCAGCUGAAUUCUUCAGCAAUUUGUGUUUUUGCUUUAGAAUUAAACAUGAUGUGCCAAAGGGGCUUCUUGUUGAGUUGGGAACAGAGUAAGUUGCGAGGGGAGUGUAAUUGCUUCCUCAAUACAUGGUGUUGGUUAGGAAUGGUUGCAGUCAUAUUAAAGUGGACAAGGAGGAAUCAUUACUUUUGUCACAGGUACAAAGCUAACACUGUAGUAGUUUAAUUACUUAGAAGAGUGGAACAGGCCCCUCUAGCCCUUCAAACCAUGCUGCCCAGCAAACUCCAACAACCUCUGAUGUAACCCGAACCUAAUCACAGGACAAUUUACAAUGCCCAAUUAACUUACUAACUUGUACAUCAUUAGACUGUGGGAGGCACCCAAAGAAAACUUGUGCAUUCCCUGGGGUAGGCGUUACCGAUGGGAUCAGAAUUGGACUCCAGACUCCGAUGGCCCAAGCUGUAAUAGUGUUUCACUAACCACUACCAUACCAUAGCGCCCAAAGUAAUGACUUUUUUUGUCCUCCUUAAUACCAACAGUUGUUACUCCAUGGAAAAUAGAGAACAGCAGAAAUAACUGAGACAGUAAAUUAGAAGGGAAUGGGUAGUUUUGGAAAAGAGUAAUUAGAAUGACACAGUUGAAGUAUGCCAGCAACAAAUAAACCUCUCCAGUUAAACUUGAUGUUACUCAUCCCCACACUGGAAAAAGUACUACUGGUUCUCCAUCAGAGCAAGACUUGACAACAUGACCAUUAUCAAUGGUAAGUGGUCAGAUUGUGUACUGUAGAACUGCUGUAGAUAGAGCCUUGCAAAGCAAGUGAUUGUAUGCAUUUGUGUGUAUGCUAAAUCCAAACUUUUGCUGUGAUUCCCUUGGAGAACUUGAGCAUCCUUUAGAUCUGAGAAAUUAUGUUUGAAAACUAUCUACUAUUGCAGCCAUCUUCUAGAAUUAAUUGUUGCAAUUUUUAAAAGACUAAACCUAACUUAAUUUGUUUUAAAAUUUAAAAUAAAGUGUACAUGGUUAACAGCAUCCAAAAAUUCCAGUUAAGUUGCACAUUGAGACAGAGCAACUUCCACGGGGCCACCCAAAAGUGUUCAUGUCUUUUUUUAAAAUAUUUUUUAUGAUCGCUAGACAUUAAGAACUGCAGGUUUACCCCUUCAGUGAGUUGCUUGUUGGCAGGCAAACUGAGGAAGCUGGACCUCAUGCAAACCCUGCUGCUACAGAGGUAGGGGGGUAUGCAGUCUAACAGAGAGUGAUUGCCUUGUUGCUUUUCUUGUGAACGGAAGACCUUGGUGGACAUUGGGGAUAUGGAACGCUGCAAGUCACUGGUUUUUUGGGUAGACAGAUGGCGGGAGAGCAGCGUGGCCUCAGUCAUAGUGAAGACAAGGCCUCAAGCCACAGAAUCGCUUGUUUGCAGCCAUCUAGAAUGUCUAGGCAGGCGUUGGUGCUGCCCUACAACACUUGCUUAACCAAAGAAUAGCUGUAUUGUGUUUGACUGCAGACUGCUGGAACAUACAUGGACUCAGGGACUUGGACUCUUUGUGUGACUGUGUUUACUGCUAUCUUGCAUGUACCUUGUGUUGUGUACAAUUGUUGGUACUGUGUUUUACACCUUAGCCCCAUUGUAACGCUGUUUUGUUUGGCUGUAUUCAUGUAUGGUUGAAUGAAAAUUAAAUUGAACUUGAAUUAGGGAGAGAAAAUCAUACUCACCAGAAAUUCUAUCAAUAAAAACCAAGACUCGCUUCAUCCACAAUUAAUGAGACCAACAAAAGCCAGCAUUGCAUUAAGAUUAAGAUUCCUGCAAAAUAUUAUUCUACAAUUCACAGCAAUCCAUAUUCCCAGAAGCUUUUAAGAAUGCAGUCUUACUGAAACAUAUACUAGAUGUCUCUGGUUUUCUCUAGUAAGAGAAUCUCAUUUUUAUAAAAUUAGGAAGGUGGUCAUUUAAGACUGGGUUGCUUCAGAAUAUAGAACAUAGAAUAGUACAGCGCAGUACAGGCCCUUCAGCCCACAAUGUUGUGCUGACCCUUAAACCCUGCCUCCCAUGUAACCCCCCACCCCAAACUUAAAUUCCUCCAUGUUACAGAUGGUAGUGAAUCUCUGGAAUUUCCCACCCUAAGAUCAUUGAGGAUACUUGAGAAAGUAGAUAGAUUUUGAAAGGAAGUGAAUUAUGGGGAAUGGGACAGAAGAGGAGAUAUGUCCUGAGGCAGAUUAGAUUAAUUGAAUGAUAAGACAGGUUUGAGAGGAUGAAUUAUCAAUUUGUGCUCCUAUCUUAUGUUUACAUUUAACUAAUAAAUGAUAACAAAGUCAUUACUGAUAAAGUAUUAUGAAAAUACAAAUGCAUGCAAUAAUUAAUGAAUAAAUCCCUGCACUUACGGAUUAGAGAAUACACAACAAAGAGAAGACAUCCUUUUUUUCCUGUAAGUACACAGAAUUGCUUUCAUUACUAUGAUUUAAAAAUUAAAUCAUACAGUGCAUGUCUUUGGUAAGCAGUCUAUAUUUAGAACUCUUACUGCUGCAAUAUUGCAUGAAUCAUUUUCAGAAUGGCUGCUCCUUUAAUUUUAAAUUAUAUUUAAUCAAUGAAGCACGGUCAUGUUGAACUGAAGAUCAAUGUAAACCAAGUUGAAACCUGUCACUAAAGCAAUCUGAGCAAAUUAAGUGUUUCACAUUGGUAAAUAUAACAAACUUGAGCGUGGGGUUCUGAUAUUCAGGGAGAAUGGGAAAAGAAUGAGAAAGCUGGGAAAAACAAGAGGAAAGAAGCAAAAAGGGGAGGGUGAGAAAGAAAAGGCAUGGAAGACACAGGAGUGUAAGAGAAGCAACAGAGAGAAAGGGCAAGACAGGGAGGAGGAGAAAGAUGUACAAGACCAGGUCAGUACUAUCCCAUCAUGAAUAAAAUACAAAAUGGAGACUUUCAAGAACUACCACAAUCUGUAUACAGAAAGAGUCCUCCACACAUGUCCUCAUCCCAAGCUAUCUUCUUCUCAGUCUCACAUUAUAUUAUCACAUAAAAUUCAUUCACUUGGUCACAUGAAGCCAACUUUUAAAGGGCCUAAUAUUUUUAGUCCAGUCAGAAUGAUCUAUCAGAACGUGCGAUCCCCAACAGGACCCCAAGCAGGAGGUAGGGUCUCAGCCUUAAACAUCAACUGUCUCUUCCAUAGAUGCUGCCCGACCUGCUGAGUUCCUCCAGCAUUGUGUGUGUGUGUGUGUGUGUGUGUGUGUUGCUUGGAUUUCCAGCGUCUGGAGAUUUUCUCUUGCUUGUGACUCAAUGUAUUUGUUUAAGCUAGGCCAGCUCAUCGGUUAAAAUAUAUUAGUAUGUAUUGAAUGAAAGGGAAUAAAAAAAGUUAACCCUUGAGGAGCACUUGAUAGCUCUGGGCCAGUUCUCAUGAGUUUAGAUGAAUGAAUGACAAUCUCAUUAAAACAUACUGAACACUGAAAGGCCUAUCUAGAGUGGAGAAGAGAGGGUGUUGCCAAUAGGAGACUAGGACUAGAGGGCACAGCCCCAAAAUGAAAGAAUGUCCCUUUAGAACAGAGGUGAAGAGGAACUUCUUUAUGCCAGGAGGUAGUGAAUCUAUGGAAUUCACUGCAAGACAGCUCUGGAGGCCAAGUCAUGGGGUAUAUUUAAAGCAGAGUUUGAUAGGUUCUUGAUUAAUAAGGGCAUCAAAGAUUACAGGAAAAUGGGGUUGAGGGGGAUAAUAAACCUGCUGUGAUCAAAUGGCAGAGCAGACUCGAUAGGCAAAACUCUGCUCCUGUGUUAUAUGGUAUUAUUUUAAACUAGUCUUUAUGGGGCUUUUACAUGCAAACACUUCACCAGAUUUAUUCCAGCUUUAUGAAAAUCACACAGUGAAAUGAGAAGUUUCUAUUUACACAUUCUGUAGAACACAACCAAAUAAAUGUUCCAAUUUCUUUCACAGUCAUCAAAUGAGAAACAUUUCAAUGUUGUUUUCUGUAAUAGUGGAAGUUGAAUUUGCAAAUCUCGCAAACUUAAACAGUGCAGCUAAAGGUUAGUAAUUCAUCUCUGCAGUGACGCAACUGAGGCAGACUGAUCGACCUACAUUAGAGCCAAGUCAGUGUCCAGGUAUUGGCAGUUGUUUGUCGAAGAAAGAAAAAUUGUUCAAGGAAUGAUGAAUUUCAUAUACUGCAUGUC